AUGGCCAACAUUCUCGACAGCGAAGCCGGCACGGAGCUCUUCAAGCACUAUGAGACGGAAUACCAGCUGGUCCAGGCCGACCUGGUCCAGAAGCUCGACCAAAUCUCGGAGCUGACGGGCGAGCCCAGGAAAGCCGCCCUUAGCACGGCCGAGCGCGCCCUGGAGGAGGCCGGCGAGCUGCUGGACCAGAUGAAUAUGGAGAAGCAGAACGUGCCCAGCUCGUCGCGGACCGCCAUCAACAAGCGACUGCGCGACUACCGAAGCGACGUGGACAAGUAUCGUCGCAAGCUGCAGACGCUGGCGACCGACCGGAGCGCCCUGUUCGGCGGCAGAUACACCGAUAACCCGGGCUCGUCGAGUGGCGAUAGGCAUUUUGAGCAGAGGCAGCAGCUGCUAUCUGGCACCGACCGGCUCGAUCGGAGCACACAGCGCCUCAAGGCCAGUCAGGCGCUGGCUGCCGAGACAGAGGCCAUUGGCGCCAGCACCCUGGCCGACCUGCACCGCCAACGCGAAGUGAUUGAGCACACCACCACGAUACUAUACGAGAGUGAAGGCUAUGUGGACCGAAGUGUCAAGACACUAAAGGGCAUGGCACGCAGGAUGGCUACGAAUCGGAUAAUCACCAUUGCUAUCAUUACCGUGCUGGUUCUGCUUAUCAUUGCGGUUAUCGUUAGCAAGUUCAGGUGA